AUGAAGGCAGGAAAACUGGCACUGAGAAUCCUGGCGAUAAGCCUUUGCAUUUGGCUAACCAGUGGAGCCACCUCAUCAACAACAUCCACCGAAGCAUCAACGACAACAACAACCACUACGACCAGCACCACCACAACCACGACGGCCGCCACCACAACCACCAAAAAGUCGACGGUGCAUCGCAAAAGGGUAUAUUUGAAUGGCUUCAAGUACUCGAUAAAGCGAAAGGUGUACAAAGCCUCCACUGGGACUUCCAAAAACAAGAACCGAUCAGGCAGACGCAACUCUCGCCGCCGAAACAACAAGCUGUUCAGACGCCGCAAUCAGGGAUAA